CGAGCUGGUCAGUGCAGCAGUUGGAGGUCGGUGUGUGGAGUUAGUUGUGCGUUUGUUGGGAAGCGGGAAUAAGAAGUGGGUAGGGAAGCUAAACAAAACAAAAAUAAAGCGGCAUUUGAAACAUGAAGGGAAACUUCUGAAGCGGAUGGGCGUCUGACUGAGGGGUGGGUCUCCGAUGGUUUGAACGCGAUGGGGGAGCAGUUGGUGCUGCAGUCCGCGGGCUGUCCGGGUGGCAGCUCCCCGAUCACGGAGCAUCCCUCAGCCGCCGUCCAGCACGAUGAUCCGGAGGCCGGCCCGAGAGAGCGCGGAGCGCCCCCAGUGCCGGCCCGGGGCUUCUCCCGGCUGCCCAAGAAGCGGCACCGGCGUCGGCCGUCCAAGAAGAAGCGGCGCUGGAAGCCCUACUUCAAGCUGUCGUGGGAGGAGAAGAAGAAGCUGGACGAGAGGGAGAGCGUGCGGGCGGCCAAGACCCGCGCCGAGAUGUUCGCCAAGGGCUUCACGGUGGCCCCUUACAACACCACCCAGUUCCUGAUGGAGGAGCACAACCAGGAGGAGCCCGACCUGAACCCGGGGGGAGCUGGAGGAGGAGGGGGUGCUGGUGCUGGAGGCCCCCCCCGGCGGGCCGUCAAGUCUGACGAGACCAGCGAGGAGGACGAGCUGCUGCUGCUGGACGAGGAGGAGCAGCAGGACAGCGGCAGCGACGGCAUGGGGGGCGACGGCGGCGGCGAGUUCCUGCAGAGGGACUUCUCCGAGACCUACGAGAAGUACCACGCCGAGAGCCUGCAGAACAUGACCAAGCAGGAGCUGAUCCGCGAGUACCUGGAGCUGGAGAAGUGCCUGUCCCGCCUGGAGGACGAGAACAACCGGCUGAGGGGCCGCCUGGACGGCGGCAAGGCGGCGGUGAGGGCAGGCGGCCGGGCGGCGCAGGAGGAGGAGAGGCAGAUGCGGGAGAUGGAGCACGAAGUGGAGGAGCUAAAGGCUGAAAAUCAGAGACUGGAGAGAGAGAACGAACUGUACAAGAAAGGAAGGUGUUUAGAGAACGGAAAAUAAGAAUCUGGACAUUAAUCCCCACAAAAUGUAUAUAUUUUAAUUGUAAGCGUUUUAUAAAAAUGCAUUUGAAGAACGUCUUUUUUCCCCUCCCUACUGUCCUAUUUGUGUGUACAUUUUCUGUUGAACUUUUUAUGAUGUGCAACUUAUUUCUCCCCUGUGGUCAAGGUUAAUACAAUACUGACCAAUUUUUUUCAUGCGUUGUGACGAGUAUAUCUUCAAAAAUGACAUCUAAGAAAGUAAUAGUCUGAGAAUAAAUAUAAACUUAGUGAAGUUA